UAAGGACACGCUAAAAAUGUCAUUCGAUGACAUAAAGUUUGAAGGAGAAACCGUCGGUGAUAACAGCUGCAAUAUAACCAGAGGCCUCGGGAUGGUAUACAAUGGAGAAUGUCAAUACAAUAAUGGUUGUAAGGAGGUUGUUGUAGAGCAGUUGAGAAGAUCUAUUCUAGAAUCUGGUAUUUGCAGAGAGUUUGAAAUUCCUUUCAAGCGCAGACAUGAAAAUAUAGUCGAUCUUGUAGGCUAUUGUAAGACCAUGGAUGAAAAAUUCAUUGUUUAUGAACAUGCAUCUAACCAAAGCCUCGACUUGUAUUUAAACGAUGCUGAUUUUUCAUGGACCAAACGACUUAAGAUAUGCACUGAUAUUGCCAAGGGGUUAGAUUUUCUUCACAAAUGUGAUGCAGGACAAGAAGUGGUGAUACAUAGGGACUUGAAAAGUUCUAAUAUUCUACUAACAGGGGACUGGAAAGCAAAAAUCAGCGGGUUUGAGCAUUCUGUAAUAUGUCCAACUAAUCAGGAUAAACAUUUCUUAACCAAAGAAUCUGACAUUUACUCAUUUGGUGUGAUUUUAUUUGAAGUAUUAUGUGGGAGAUCAGCGUGUCAUGAGGAGAUGAGUAUCUGCGAUUCAGCUAAGCAUCAGCGUACCAUAGGAAAACUUGAUGAUAUAGUGUUUGAUGGCAUAAAGAAACAAAUUGUACAAAAAUCAUUGGUUACAUUUCAAAGAAUUGCCAUUCAAUGCUUAAAUGAUGAAAUAAAAGAACGACCAACAGCUGGUGCGAUUUUAGAACAACUUCAAAAAGCAUUGGAAUAUCAAGAGGAUAUUGAAAUCUGGAAGAACAAAUUGCCUGUAAACUACAUAGAUAUACUUAAGCUUUCAAAGUCUCCUGAAAUAUAUUUCACUAUGUGGAAAAAGGAUAUCUACAACAUGUUUACCAAGGGAAUCUCCCUUCAAGAUGGCAAAUUGUGGUUUUCAAUUGGAAGUAAUGAAGAAAGGAAGGAGAUAAUUUCAGCCACAACAUUUUUAUAUAAAAACCGUUGGUCACGUAGGUGGCAAUCUAUCCAAAUAUCAAGGUUUAAAAAAGUAGCAGAGAUGUUAGAUGUUGCAAAUCUAAAUAUCCACAUCACAAAAAGCACAAAACUUUUACUUCCAGAUGUUAAAUACAACGUUCAUCUUGUGUUCAAGUUUUGUUAUCCGAGAAAAUCUCAUGCUGACCGGAUGUAUGUGAACCUAAAGUACAAAAUGGGUAAUCAAAACUUAAAUGCAUAUUUUGCGACAAUGAGAAACGACAAAUGGCUGAUGAUUGAAUUGUGUCGAUUCUCAAAUCAAAAGGAGGAAACAAAUGUUGACAUUUUACUGGAAAGCUUUACACGAUGCUAUUGCGACAGUCGUGCCAUCUAUAUUGAAGGCAUUGAGUUUCAAGCCCUAGACAAUGUGAAACAAGAAGAAAUUAAGAAGUCAGAAAACAAUGAGCAAGUUUCAAAGAAGAGAAAAUUUGAUGAGUUUUCUGACCAAUCCUUUGAGGAACCGCCUUCUUCUAGUGUGAGCAUUGAGGUUCCUGCAGAGCAGGUUCUAUAUGACACUUCAAAUAAGAAGCUUUCUUUAUCAAGUCUCUCGUUCCAAUCCAGAUCUGAAGGCGAGGGAAUUGAGCUUCCAAGACAGCAAGUAUUUCGCAUCAAGUGCAAUAUUGGAAGUCAAAUGGGGUCCCCAAAUACAAAAGUCGUCGUGUGUUACCUUGUAUUCAAGCUUUCAGAUAAGUGUAGAGGGUUGCAUUGCCCAGUAAUAGUACGAGAUCAAUCCAACUGGGGACAGAAAGAGACUGGAAUUCUUUAUUUUAGAUCUCCAAGCCCAUGGAAUUUAGUUGCGACUGAUCGAGUUCCAAAGAAGAGGGGAGACGGAUGGAUGGAGGUUAUAGUAGCGAUAUUCAACUCAGAUUGUCGUUUCUUGAACUUGAAACUCAGCACUUACGAAGGAACCAUGUCUGGCCUUAUUCUGCGUAGCCUCGAGUUUCGACCAUCGUAAGGAUACAACUAGCAUCUGUUUUCUCGAAAAAAAUUUAUUCACUGUUAGUAUUGGCUCGACAUUCGAGUUUCGACCAUCGUAAGAAUACAUCUAGGUCGUUUUUUCCUUCACUGUGUAUAAAUUACUAGAUGGAAAUCCAACCAACUCGUUAUAAUCAAGUUUUCUUAUUAACAAAUCUUCUGAAAUGAGAAGAAGUAGCCGACGAUUUCUUGACGGAUA